AUGGAGAUGGCGGCGGAGCUGUUGACUGAGGGUUAUGAGCUGUGGGCCAACAGGGCCGAGUUAGAUCUUCGUGAGAUUCUGGGGGUUGAAAUCCCUGCGGGGCUUAAGUGGCUGGGCGCGCAGCCUAGGGCUCUGAAGGCGGAGUUCGGCGAUGGGGGGCCCGAGCCAGAUGCGGCGCUGGCCGGCGCAUCUCGCCUUCCUGCGUAUGCGCGGGCUGCAGCUGCCGGUCCGUUUUGGGUCGUCUCGGGCGCGGUGGCGGGGUGCUCCAUGGCCGCCGCCUACACCCGCGUCUUCGCCCUGCAUUCCUUGGACCGCGCCGCCUUGAAGUUGGGGGCUGACUUCGACGGCCUCGGGGGAGAAACUGGAGGUGCAGCACAGGUUGUGCUGGGGCAUUUCCAGUCCAGGCUUCGUUCCAAGCAGGUUUCUUUGAUGGGCGGGUCGAGCAUGGGGGCUCGCCUGCAGCGCGAUCUGGACUGCCGGCAGCGCCGAGCUCGCAGGCUGCGAGGUUGGACGGGGACCUUUCCAAUCGGGGACCCUCCUGGCCUGGGGACGGGCAGGCGGCAGCCCGCCACUGCAGUGGGCGCGGUGGAGGCCAGCGAGAAACUCGCGCCAAAGACCACCCCGAUUGCCAUGGUGAUCAAGCUGCUGAAGGAUCUUACCGCGAAGGUCGAGGCGCAGGGCAAGGAGGAGGCAGCCAACUACGACAAGUACUCAUGCUUUUGCAAGGAGCAGGCCGACGGUAAGCUGUACGCCAUCGAGACAUCGGAGAAGAAGAUCGAGGAUAAAUCGGCCGGGCGGCCAGGCACUCACGGCCGCCCUGGAGGAGCUGGCCAACGAGAUUUCGACGCUGUCCCAGGAGACGAUAUCGUGGCGCUCGAGGGGGAGAUCAAGACGUUGGACGAGGCCCGUGUCGAGGAGCACGAGAAAUAUCAAGCCGACAACGCCGAGAUGGUCGCCGCCAUCGAUGCGUGCGAGCGCGCCACCGAGGCGCUCAAGGAUUCCAAGGCCGCCAUGGAGGGCAAGGCGGAGCUCAACACCAAGCUCGCCCAGGUCCACGCCGCGGCCUCCUCGGGGGCGCGGAAGGGCUUCGUGGUCCUCACCGCCGAGCAGGAGGCCGCCCUCAGCGAGCUGUCCCGCGGGCCGACAGACGGCAAGGCCUAUGAGUCGACGUACCACUCCAACGAGGUCAUCGAAGUCCUCGACGACCUUAAAAACCAGUUCACCAAGGAGAAGAACGAUCUCGACACGACGGAAUUCGAGAACAAAAAGCUGUACGACAACAUUCGUCUCGAGAAGAGUAACGAGAAGAAGUUCAAGGAGAUGGACAAGGCCGAGAAGGAGAGGGUGGAAGCCGAGAAGUCAGCGGAGAAGGCCGCGGCGGUCGAGGCCCAGUACGUGGAGACCAGGGCCAAGACCGCCGACGAAGAGUUCAUGGGUGUGCUCAAGUCCGAGUGCGAGGAGAAGGCGGCCUUCUGGGACCAGCGCUCCAGGACUCGGGCCGAGGAGCUGCAGGCGCUCGCCACGGCAAUCGAGUCGCUCGAGUCCGGCGCGGCGCCUAAUUGGAGCGCGAACAAGAAGCUCAACGACCUGCAGACGCAUAAGAAGACGCCGAGCUUCCUGCAGCUCCGCGGGGGCCGCAGCGGUCGGAAGGCGGACGGGCGCGCGAAGGCCAUGGCUCUGCUCAGCUCCGCGUCGGAGCGCCUCCACAGCUCGAUGCUGGCCAUGGUCAGCCUGCGCGUCGAGGCGUCCCAGCAGGCGACGCAGGGCGGCCGACAGGAGGACCCCGGGCCUGUCGGGUCAUGGAAACCUCAUGGACCUCAUCGCACGCCUGGAGGCUGA